CAUCUGUUCUGCCGACGAUCAUGAUGGGGAUCCAGCCGAACCUGCUCAACCAGCUGGUGUCGUUCCUCCUCGGGGCGUCCGUCGCCGGGGUGCUGAUCUUCUUCUUGUCGUCCGAAGGGGUCGUUUCGCGGCCAUCGACGGCCGUUAUAUCCAGCUGGUCGAACGGAACCAUGGGGUUCCCAGAUUCUCCAGCACAGGACGCUAACCAGACAAGCAGGCUUGAGGUUGCCUCCCCUCAGGAGGCCAACCACACUUCCAAGAAUGCGGCGGAGCAGGAGCUGGAGCGGCUGCUGCGGGCGGUGGCGAACGAGGACCGGACGGUGAUCAUGACGUCGGUGAACGAGGCGUGGGCGGCCGAGGGCUCGUUGCUGGACCUGUUCCUGGAGAGCUUCAAGAACGGGGAGAAGAUCUCGCACUUCGUGGAGCACCUACUCAUCGUGGCUCUCGACGCCGGGGCGUUCGAGCGGUGUCGGGCCGUGCACCCGCACUGCUACCUCCUGCCGCCGCUAGCAGGCAACAGCAGCGACCUCUCCGAGGAGAAGGUGUUCAUGAGCAAGGACUACAUCGACCUGGUGUGGAGCAAGGUCAGGCUCCAGCAGAGGAUCCUCGAGCUCGGCUACAACUUCCUCUUCACGGAUGUGGACAUCAUGUGGUUCCGCAACCCGUUUGAGCGGAUGUCCGUGGCAGCGCACAUGGUGACCUCGUCGGACUUCUACUUCGGCGACCCGUACAGCCCCAUAAACGCCCCGAACACGGGGUUCCUGUACGUGAAGUCAAGCAAUCGCACGGUGGGCAUCUUUGAGGCAUGGCGGGGAGCUCGGGCGUCCUUCCCGGGGAAGCAUGAGCAGCAGGUGCUGAACGAGAUCAAGUUCGACCUCAUCGAGAAGCGCGGGCUGCGGCUGCAGUUCCUCGACACCGUCCACAACGCCGGGUUCUGCAACAACACCCGGGACUUCAACACCCUCUACACCAUGCACGCCAACUGUUGCGUCGGCCUCGGCGCCAAGCUCCAUGACCUCGGGAACCUGAUGAAGGAGUGGCGUGCGUACAGGGGGAUGGACGACGAGCAGCGCCGGCGAGGUCCCGUGCGGUGGAAGGUCCCUGGCAUAUGCAUCCAUUGAUCGGUUGGCGAUGUGCGCAUGCGCGCGCACCGUCGGUUAUUUCAGUCUGAGAUGUGCAAAUAUGUCUUCAGUGGGAGUGGACAUGGCGUUCCGAGAAUGCAAAUUCACUCU